GCACAGAGUGGCCCACAGAGACACCUGGAUGUUUUGGACGAGAAACGUGGAUAAAUUAUGAAUGGGGGCGAUGAUGAUGAUGAUGACGAAGGCACAUCAAACGCAGAGGAUGAGAAUCAACGUUUGCAGAACUGUUAGCCGCUUGGUGCUGGUGGUCCUAUGGACCUUAUCGUUGUUGGGGGGACUCGCCCAGCCACACGUCUGUCCCAAGGGCUGUUCGUGUAGCAACCAAUUCAGCAAGGUGAUCUGCACUCGCUUUGAGCUACGCGAGGUCCCCAGCGAAAUCUCCACCAACACCCGCUACCUGAACCUGCAGGAGAAUGUCAUCCAGGUGAUCAAGGCGGACACCUUCAAGCAGCUGAGACACCUGGAGAUCUUGCAGCUCAGCAAGAACAUGAUCCGCCAGGUGGAGGUGGGAGCCUUCAACGGCCUCACUAGCCUCAACACCCUGGAGCUGUUCGACAACCGUCUCACCACCGUGCCCAGCGGGGCAUUCGAGUACCUGUCCAAGCUGAGGGAACUGUGGCUAAGGAACAACCCCAUCGAGAGCAUCCCCUCCUACGCUUUCAACCGGGUGCCAUCCCUCCGGCGGCUGGACCUGGGCGAGCUGAAGAAACUCGAGUACAUCUCCGACGCCGCCUUCGAGGGCUUGGUCAACCUGAGGUACCUGAACUUGGGCAUGUGCAACCUGGCGGAGAUUCCCAACCUCACGCCCUUGCUGAGGCUCGAGGAGCUGGAGCUGUCGGGCAACCGGCUGGAGGUGAUCCAGCCCGGCUCCUUCCAAGGGUUGACAUCCCUGCGCAAGCUGUGGCUGAUGCAUGCUCAGGUCCAGCUCAUCGAGCGCAACGCCUUCGAUGACCUACAGUCGCUGGAGGAGCUGAACUUGUCUCACAACAACCUGACCUCGCUGCCCCACGACCUCUUCACCCCUCUACACCGUCUAGAGAGGGUCCACCUCAACCACAACCCCUGGCAUUGCAACUGUGAUGUGUUGUGGCUCAGCUGGUGGCUAAAGGAGACGGUGCCCAGUAACACCACCUGUUGCGCCCGCUGCCACUCACCACCUGGGCUCAAGGCUCGCUACCUGGGCGAGUUGGACCAGAGUCACUUCACCUGUUACGCCCCGGUCAUUGUGGAACCACCGGCCGACCUCAACGUGACCGAGGGGAUGGCGGCGGAGUUAAAGUGCCGAGCGGCCACCUCCAUGACCUCGGUCAACUGGAUGACCCCUAACGGCACCCUGAUGACCCACGGGUCCUACCGGGUGAGGAUCUCGGUGCUUCACGACGGCACCCUCAACUUCACCAACGUGACGGUACAAGACACCGGGCUGUACACCUGCCUGGUCAGCAACUCCGCGGGCAACGCCACCGCUUCCGCCACCCUCAACGUGUCGCUGGCGGAGGGAGGGCUGACCGGCGGGCUGGGCAGCGGUGGGGGCAGCGGCGGCUCCAACAGCUACAGUUACUUCACCACCGUGACGGUGGAGACAGUGGAGGUGGUGGAUGAUCCGCGCUCCACCGAACAACAGGCUGGACCCACGCCCUCGGGCGCAUCUGCCUACUCCCCCUCCUCUCCCUCCUCCUCCACCACUCCACAGUCAGCCUUCACCGUGCCUCUGGCCACCGAGCCGGGUGACCACGGACUGGCCGGACUGGACGACGUGAUGAAGACCACCAAGAUCAUCAUCGGCUGCUUCGUGGCCAUCACCUUCAUGGCUGCCGUCAUGCUGGUGGUAUUCUACAAACUCCGCAAGCAGCACCAGCUACACAAGCACCACGGCCAGGCUCGCACCGUGGAGAUUAUCAACGUGGACGAUGAGCUGGCCGGCUCUGCCCCGACCGACAGCUGCCUGGCGCUGCCUGCCGACCACCUCAACCACUACGCCACCUACAAAGCUCACUACAACAACAACACAGCCGCCGGCACCACCAACCCCACCGCCCCACUGAACUGCACAAAAAACCCACUCCACAACUCCGUGCACGAACCACUCCUCUUCAAGUCCAGCUCUAAAGAGAACGUUCAAGAAACGCAGAUCUAGGGUGGGUGGUGGAGAGGGCUGGGCUGGGCUGGGAGGAGGAGAAGGAGACACAUACUAUGGGAGGGUGUGUGAUCCUCCCUGCCCUUCAUCUUCUUGUGUAGGGUGGGGCACAGCCUAAAGAUGUGGGACAACUUGAUUGUGCACGCCAGGUUGAUUGCAUUAGUCGAUAUAGGGGUGGACCACGUGAAGGUUGCAAUCUCCCCACCCCUUACUCCCUGCCCCUGUUUUACUGCCCGUCUUGGCCCACGAUGGGGGGGGGACGUCACUCUCUCCCACACACACACACACACACAGAGAAAGUGAGAGAGUGGUGAUCUGCAUUUACUGAGCUGCACAAGUGGGCCCUUGGCACAAACUCUCGUCUCGGCUGCCUCCUUGCAAAGCCCCGGCCCGCCCCUGGUUCUGCUACACAAGACUCGGCCACCCCUUGUCUGAGGGUUCUGUAAUGCUGUGGGGAUUUUUGCGGUGACCUGCAGAGUUUGCGUUGUCACUUGGGCGCCAUUCCCUUGGUAAUACCGGCAUCCAUCGACCACCAGUGCCCAUCAGGUCCAUGUACCCAGCCUCACCUAAACCCAUUGCCUCGUCCCAUCAGUUCCCCCUUUUACUGAUCAGACCUGCACCCGGUUCCAAUGUCCCUUCUGUCAAAGCUCCUUGACAACCUUGAGCUCCUAAUGUCCAUCCAUCCCAUUAACACGAGCCAUUUGCUACGCCCAUUUGACCGUUACUCUAUUUCCAUCUAGUGACCAUGUGCAUAGGCCUUGCAGCCCCAUUCUGUGACCCAACAACAAUGCCCCUCCACCCCCUCACAUUCCAGACCAACCAUCAUUUGCACUUUCCCCACUGUUUCCAUUUCCCCCCCAAAACUAUUUGGAAACACCAGAUAGGUUCAUCUAAAGAGCCAAAACCUGGAG